AUGAGUCGCCCAGAAAACGUUGGAAUUAAGGGAAUAGAGAUUUAUUUCCCAAAGAGAUGCAUCUCAGAAACUGAUUUAGAGCAAUUUGACGGCGUUUCUGCUGGAAAGUACACUAUCGGAUUCGGACAGCAAUACAUGGCUUGCUGCGAUGACAGAGAAGAUAUCAACUCUUUCGCCUUGUCCGCCGUCGAUGGCCUUCUCAAGAAGUACAACGUCGAUCCAAAAUCUAUUGGCAGAUUGGAAGUUGGCACUGAAACUGUCAUCGAUAAAUCCAAAUCUACAAAGACUGUCUUAAUGGACUUGUUCAAGGAUUCUGGCAACACUGACAUUGAGGGUGUUGACACUAAGAAUGCUUGUUACGGCGGUACCUCAGCCCUCUUUAACGCUGUCAAUUGGGUUGAAUCUUCUAGCUGGGACGGCAGAGACGCUAUCGUCGUAGCCGGUGACAUUGCCAUUUACGCUGAAGGUUCUGCUAGACCUGUCGGUGGUGCAGGCUGCGUUGCCAUGCUCAUUGGUCCAAACGCACCAAUCGUUCUUGAGCCUACUCACGGUACAUACAUGACAAACGCAUGGGACUUCUACAAGCCAGACCUCAACUCUGAAUACCCAGAAGUAGAUGGCCCACUCACUAUUGACUGCUACUUUGGAUCUCUCGACAACUCGUACGACUCGUACCGCGAGAAAUACUCCAAGCGCACCCAAACCAACAAGCAAGACGUUAAGGGUGACAACUUUGACUUCAUGGUCUUCCACUCUCCAUACGGCAAACUUGUCCAAAAGGGUCAUGCCAGACUCACCUACAACGACUUUGUAUCCAACCCCUCCCUGCCAAAGUUUGAGGGUAUCGAUCAAGCUAUCGCUUCAGUACCAAAAGCAAAGACGUACUUUGACAAGGCAAUCGAAAAGACAUUCAUGACUGCCGCUAAGGAUGCCUACAGCAAGCAAGUUGAGCCUUCUUCAACUACCUGCAAGCGUCUCGGUAACAUGUACACUGGUUCUCUCUACGGUGGUCUCGCAUCUCUCCUCUCCAACGUCAACUCGGAUGACUUGCAAGGAAAGAGAGCGGGUAUGUACUCUUACGGAUCUGGAUGUGCUGCAUCCUUCUUUGCUGUCAAAUUCGUCGGAUCUACAAAGCAAAUUGCUGAUGCGGUCGAUUUACACAAGCGUCUCGACUCGAUGAAGGUUGUUCCUGUGACUGAAUACGUUUCUUCCCUCAAAACUCGUGAGGAGAAUCACAACGCAAAGUCUUAUGCUCCUAAAGGUCAAAUUGAAAACAUAUGGGGUGGUGCUUACUACCUCGACAACAUUGACGAAAAAUUCCGUCGUCACUACAAACAAGCUCCACUCGCAUAG